UUAUGAACUGAUACAAAAAUACAAUUCUGAAUAAGUUAUUAAGUUCGUUACAGUUAUUAAUCUCAUUAUAUUGGCCUUUCAGUUCGUGUGUCAUUCCUAACUACCUUUUUUAACCCCUACACGCUUAAAUUUUCAAUUAAUCAAUCAAAUAGUUGCUAUAAGACCUCCAACAUACAGCAGAAUCAUUGUGAUAAUUUGAUGGUCUAAUGGUAAACUGACAAAUUUUUACACAUUCAAAUCAAUGUGAUCAUAUUUUUGUUACAUUUUCUGAUAUAGCUGGAAGGUGGUUACAUCCAAGGUUUGGGCUACUACACUUCAGAGGAGUACAUCUUUGACAAACACUCCGGCAGACUCCUCACCAACCGCUCUCUCACCUACCAUGUUCCACUGGCGAUGGACAUUCCUGUGGACUUCAGGAUCAAGUUCAGAUAUAACUCUAAGAAUCCUCAAGGCGUGCUGGGAUCUAAAACGGUAGGAGAGAUGGGAAUCUGCACAGCCCACGGCAUCACUCACGUUUUAAGACAAAACAUCACCAGGUCCAGAAAGGAAUCGGGGCAUGAUCCCGCCGAAUGGAUCGACAUUGACACGCCUUAUACAACGGAAUCAAUAUUGAAGGCUUUGGAUGUGAAAUAUGAGGAAUUUGUCUUCUCACCAUAAACUAGUUUGCAUUCCGCCAUCAAAGAAGUGCUGAAUAUCAAAACGAGAUGUUUACUGGACAAAUAGUAAUAAUAUCUUGUGGCGACAUCUCUACGCCACAAGUCACAACAACCAUACAGGCAAAAACAGUGAAAAAUCUAAAUCGCGCAAGCAAAGAUUUCACGGAUUGGAGCAUGAAUACAUCUGACUCAACAUCGUCUGUCGCGCGGUUCCCCAGGCGUAACACCUAGCCUGGCGGAAGAUCUUCCCUUUGGCGGCGUCUCAUUUCUUUAGUGUCUCGUUUUCAUUCUCAGAUUGAAGAUUGCACAGAAUUCAUAAAAUUUAGUACGUAAUUUGAAAUCAAAAGAAAACACAAAACGUCUUUAAUAAUACACGUUUAUUCUCGCAUCGUCAAACAAAAAUACCACCAUCAAAAUAGAAAUCGUUAAGAAAUUAGGCCCUUUCACGAGAAUUAUUAGUCUUUGAGUUAGGCCUUACACAACAAAAUCGAAAAACUAUACAAAAUCCAAAAAUAAUUAAAGAAAACAAUAAAUACGAAAUAAGUUACCGAUCGAUUUACAAAAUAAAAUAGCUUAUCAAUUAAUUUAUAAAUAAAAAUUCGUAUUUUCUAAAUGUAAUAAUAUACAUUGCAAAUAUUCUAUACACAUAAUAUCAACAGUAGUGUUAUGCCAAAAAGUGCAAUCCAAAGUCGUUCUUAUUAUAUAAUAAAUAUGGUCCAAAUUUAUUAAUCGAAAAUGCAUCUACGCUUCUACUAUACAAAGCACACAUUUAUACAAACACAAAUUAAAUUUCAAAUAGAUUAUUAUUUUGAAUUAAAUUGCCUAAUUACGUUUGACAUAAAAAUAUAGAAAGUAUUUAAUACUUUUGCUUUAAAUUUUCAUUACGAUAAAAAUCAGGGUUCUCGAAAUCGACAAAACAUAGCACGAUCUCUACUUUUAUUCAGAAUAAUCAAUCCAAAGAAAUAAUAAAGAUAAAAACAAAGAAACAUUUUAAAACCGUCAUGCUUUGUCAAUAAUUUUAAUCAUAAAUUCGAAACCCUGAUUACAUUUCCCACAUUUCACUAUUUCGAUCAGUAAAUCAGGACCUCUAUACUAAUAGCGGAUUAUCUUAUGGUAUACGCAUUAGUUAAAGUAAAUUUAUAAUUAUACACAUUACAUUUACCUAUCACAUUACAUUGAAAUUAAAGUGUAUUUCUUUAUAUAAUUAUAUACAUCGUUAGGGUGAAUCAUUGAUUGUCAAAUUUUUUUUUAUAUCCACCUAACUUGUACAGUAUACGUCUAAAUGUCGACGCUUCAAUAUGUGGUCACGUCUUUAUCCCUUGCGGGGUAGACUGAGCCAACAGUCUUGAAAAGACUGAUAAGCCACAUUCAGUUAAUUAAUAAUAGAAUUGAGAUUCAAAAACAGGUUCAACAUAUUUUUUUAAUUGAAGAAUAAGAACAAUAUAUAUAAUAAAAAAAUGCAUAUACCAUAGAUCCACAAGGUAACAGCGACGGAAGCCAUUGGUCAACAGUUUCACCGGAGUGCUACAUCUAAACGCUACGUCUAAUCCGAUGCCAUUCCUAGCUCGAUACAUACUAUGUUAUACAACACGAUUGUAAAAGAUCACAUAGUAAGCUUGGUAACAAUGUCAAAUUAUAUGAUUUUGUAGGAACUGAUUUAACGCAACAGGAAAAUUCGUUUUAUUUGUUGUCUGUUAAGAAUUUAUGACGCACUUAUGAUUUCUGUAAAUAAUGUUUUUAAUGUAAGUAGGUAAUUUUUUAUUUAAUUCACAAGUAGAAUAAUCAUUUCUCCGAUGCUGUAAAAUCUGUUCUCUUAUUGUAUUUGAAUUAAAAACGAAAUUCUAUUAUUUCAUUUAAAACACCAUUGAAAUUAAAAGCAACACAUACCCUCAUACAAAUAAUCGUUAUUUAUAUGAAAUACAGCUUGAACUGCACUAAACAAUAAAUUAAUCUCAUUAAUCACAUUUCAUAAAGUCAAUCAUACGCCAUUUUAUACAUGUUCGAAAUUAGAUAAUGUGUCAUCGUAGACAUCUUACUCGUAUUAUGAAAAUUAUGAAAAUUAAGUAUGAAAAUAAGACUUGAACAUUUCACCUAAAGACUACAUCAAAAACAGUAAAAAUUUCGUUGAUGAUAUUUAAUAUUAAUCAGUCAAUGAUAAUGAUUUUUUACUGUCGAUAAAUAUUAAAUUAUUUUAUAUAUUAUUUAAGUAAAAAAUUGAACAUUGUGAUGAUUAUUAAAAGUCUUUGAUUGAUUUUGGCAUUAAA